CACCUCGACCUGACACGAGAAGCUAUCAUUCGUUGACCUCCCCAGCUUGCAGGCGAUAAGCCUGUACCGCGUCGUGCCACGGUGAACUUCAUUCGAGUUCCUUCCGCUCGAAGUGCAGAAAUAGCCAGCCGUUCCCCAUUCCCCGAACUCGCAAAGCAAGCGAGCAGAGCAGCGCGCGAGGAUCCGAUCCGAGAUGGGCCUGUGCUCGUGCUGCUGCCGGUGCCUGGAGCUCCUGUGCUCCGUCCUGCUCCCGCCCCUCGGCGUCUGCCUCCGCCAUGGCUGCUGCUCCAUGGAGUUCUGGAUCAGCGUCCUGCUCACCAUCCUCGGCUACCUCCCCGGCGUCCUCUACGCCAUCUACGUCAUCUGCUCCGUCGACCCCCACAGCCGCCGCGACCCCGACGACUACGUCUACGUCGCCUGACCCCAAGGAUGCGUCCCCAAUUCGCCAUGCUGUUCUGGUGUGCCCCCCUAACUACCUAUCAUUCUACGCCCGUUUAUCCAAUUUGUAAAUUGGUGUAUCCAAUCUGACAUUCUGGACGAAUUCAUCUUGUUGUGAUCUGGAGCUACGAUUGUGCAGUCAAUUGGGUUAAUUUUGAUACCUUGUUCUGUCGUGGUUGUGGAUUGCCUCCUUUGUAUAUAUGAAGAUGGAUCUUGAAUCCUGGAGUAGUUUGCCUCA